AUGACGGCCAAGGCCUGUUUGGGAAGAGACGCGACUGGGCGCUUACUCUGGAGGGUCGACCGGUGCUUCCCCGGGCGUGCUGCAUGCCUCGUGGGGUCGUCAAGCUGGCAGUUAUCGGGCUGGGAGGGCUGCUUCGUGCGGACAGUUCACUGGCUGGCGCGGAGCGGGUUAAGGCGGCAGCGGGCCCGCCCUCUCCGUGCGCGUGCGCACCGGGCGCGCUGCGGGCCUGGCAGCGUCCUGGGUCGCUGGGCUCCGGACCCCGCCGCUUCGUGGGGGGUCCCGGGAGGCCUGUCGGCGGGGUUGGAGGAAGUGUGUGCAGGCGCUGCACGCUCUGGCGGCUGGCCGUGGGCAUCCGUAGGGCAGAGGCGGCUUCGCGAACAGGGCAAUUGCGGGGAUGGGUUCUGUGCAAUUACCGCGCAUGGCGUGAGGGGUUAUCCUGUAGGCGCAGAUUCUGUGCCGGCGGAAUUGUACCGGGAGGACAAGGCAGGGGGUAGUGCAGCCAGAACAAGCGGGCUGCAGAAGGCAGGGUGGAAGACAGUGUGCAGAAGGGAACGCGCCUCCGAGGAGCUGACCCUGCCGCUGAGGCCUGCAGUAGAAGGGCAUGCCCAGCAGAGGGAACAAAAGCUUCCUGCAUCUGGUGCGGCCAUGGGCCUGCGUUCUGGAUGAUGACAGGAACACACAGUAUGUAACAGUCAGGAGCUGUGCCCUUCUGCUCUGCCCCCUGCUUCCUGCUCAGUCAUCCGGGAUUUCGGUGGCACCUUGGACCCUGGAAAGUGACCUUGAGGAGGGAGGCUUAUACCUCGAUGGAGCCGGCAGGUGGGUCUGGCUCCCUGAGACCUUGACCACCGGUGACGGAACACCUGCCUUCUCUGGACUUUGUACUCAGCAGAGAAAUAAACUCUUGUCCUUUGUAAGCCCCUGCGGUGUGGUUUUCU